AUGGCACCGCGCUCGAUAGAUGAAAAAGCCGCCGACAAUGUGUCCAACGACCAGGUCGAGGUCGCCAUGAAGGGCGUAUCACACCAGGACCAUAUAUCCCGCUUCAGCCCCGCCGAGCAGAAGAGAAUUGUCCGAAGAAUUGACCUCCGUCUCGCAGUCACGCUCGGUUGUCUCUAUUGCAUCAGUCUUCUCGAUCGGACCAACCUGGGCGCAGCCUCGGUCGCUGGGAUGCAGAAGAGCUUGGACAUGAACGAGUCCAACAAUGCAUAUACCAUCGUGUCUCUUGUCUUCUUCAUCUCCUAUACCAUUUUCCAGGCGCCCGCAGUGGUCUUCAUCCGCACGAUGGGCCCGCGCAAAUUUCUCUCCUUCAUUGUCCUUGCUUGGGGUGCUGUCAUGAUUGGAUUCGGAUUUGUACCCAGCUGGGAAGUUAUGUGCGUCUUGCGAGUCAUCCUUGGUGCACUCGAAGCAGGCUUUUAUCCUGGCUGUGUGUACCUCCUCAGCACGUGGUAUCCUCGCUUCGACCUGCAGAAGCGCAAUGCCCUGUUCUACCUGAUUGGGAGCAUGGCCUCAGGGUUCGGCGGAAUCCUUGCGUAUGGUUUGAUGCAAAUGUCAGGCCUCGCCAAUCUCUCUGGUUGGCGUUGGAUUUUCAUCAUAGAGGGUAUCCUGACAUGUGUCCUGGCAAUUGGUGCUUAUUUCAUCAUUGUCGACUUUCCAGAGGACUCUCCCAAGUCCUGGCACUUUCUCAACGAGGAAGAAGCAGCCUUUGUCGUCGCGCGGAUCGAGCAAGACCGCUCGGACACGUAUCCGGACAAGUUUUCCGUCGGCAAAUAUCUCAAGAAUGCCCUGGACAGUAAAGUGUGGGCCUUUGCCUGGCUGUACAUGUUGACCACUACCAAUUCGUACGCCAUCGCCUAUUUCUUGCCCAUAAUUCUUCGAGAUGGCAUGGGAUUUUCCGUCGCGGCGGCCCAGUGUCUUGUUGCACCCCCGUACGUUGCUGCGGCGAUAAUCAUGUUCGUCGAAUCGUACUACUCAGACAAGUGGCGCCUCCGUGGCCCGGUUGUGGUCGGAAAUGCUCUUAUGGGCAUUGUCGGCUUGGGACUGCUGGGCUACGUCAAAACCCCAGGGGUUCGAUACUUUGGCGUGUUCUUGGCCACUUCUGCAUGUAACGCGAACUGUCCCGCAUUGAUCACUUAUCAGGGUAACAAUAUCCGUGGACAGUGGAAGCGCGCGUUGACGUCUGCAACUCUGGUCGGGGGUGGCAGCAUUGGCGGUAUCAUUGGAACAACGGUCUUUCGUGCACAAGACGCCCCGAAUUACCGUCCUGGCAUCCUGGCCUGUUUGAUUGCCAACGCCCUGAUCGUGCUCAUUGUCGCCUGGCUGAGUUGGAAAUUCAACCGAGCCAACAAAAGAGCCAUGAACGGGGGGAAGGUCAUUGAAGGUUUGGAAGGUUUCAGGUACACUCUGUGA